AGAGCAAACCGUUUUUGUCAUACUUCCUGUAUGUACUUCCGGGUUUGAACCACCUCGUUCAAUUAUCCUUAAUCGUAACAGAUCAGCAGGGAAAUAACGCUUUACUUUUCCCCAAACAAGGAAAAUGUCACGUCUAUGCGACGCACAAUGACAGAGAAUAAAAGAAAAGUGCCGUCGCGGAAAGCAAAUCAACGCGCGAGUGAAGGCGAGCUUGCCGUUGAGCCCAAACAACGGAAGCAGGACGAGCGGACGGCGGUGCUAAGCGUUUGUUUCGGUGGCGGUCGCAAUGCUGAGCCCAGCAGGAGACUCGGGGAGGAUUUCUUCACACAACCUUGCGUCGCUUUGGCCAAAGCUUUCCUCGGCAAGGUGCUGGUGCGGCGGCGCGAGGACGGCACGGAGCUGAGAGGCCGCGUGGUGGAGACCGAAGCCUACCUGGGCGGGGAGGACGAGGCGUCGCACUCGGCGGGUGGCAAGCGCACGGAGAGGAACGCGGCCAUGUUCAUGAAGCCCGGCACCAUUUACGUGUACCCCAUCUACGGCGUGUACCUCUGCAUGAACGUGUCCAGUGAAGGCGAUGGCGCCGCCGUGCUGCUGCGCUCGCUGGAGCCGCUGCAGGGCCACGCCGUCAUGAGGCAGCUGAGGGCCGCCAGACGCAAAGACGGGGCCCGGGCCCUCAAGGACAAGGAGCUCUGCAACGGCCCCUCGAAACUGUGCCAGGCCCUGGACGUCCCGCGCCACUUCGACCGGCGGGACCUGGCGUCCGACCCGGAGGUGUGGCUAGAGGACGCGGAUGUCGCCGCCCGCGAAGGGAUCGUGGUGGAGGCGCCGCGUGUCGGCGUCGAGUCCCACGGGGAGUGGGCCAAGAAGCCGCUGCGCUUUUAUAUCCGUGGGAACGCCUGCGUUAGCGUGCUGGAUAAAGCGGCGGAAAGACGAGAGAAUCCGUCCAACCUACGCUGUCAAACUUUAUGUAACCGUACACAAAAGGAUUAAAGUACUGAGACGCAGAUGCUGAAUCAAUUCAUU